AUGCCAGCUCCCACUGCUGCCAGUCCGGCUGCGACGAUGGCUGUACAGAGAGAGCUUAAGCAGAUGUUGAAGGAACAGGAGAAGUGUAGGAGCUUCAAAGAUCUGGGAUGGUACAUGCCACCCGAUCUGAUUGGGGAUAAUCUAUUCCAGUGGAUCGUGGAAAUGCAUUCAUUUGAUGAGAGUUUACCGGUCGCGCAGGAUUUGAAGAGAGAGAAAGUCAAUUCGGUGAUAUUCGAGAUCAGGUUUCCGCCUGAUUUCCCUUUGUCUCCUCCUUUCUUCAGAAUCAUUACGCCGCGAUUCUUGCCCUUUAUUCAAGGUGGUGGGGGACAUGUCACCGGAGGUGGUUCGAUCUGUAUGGACUUGUUGACCGCUUCUGGAUGGCUUCCUAGUUACAGCAUUUCAGCGAUUUUGCUCCAGAUAAAGUUGGCUAUCUCCAACCUCGAUCCCCGGCCAGCGCGAUUGAUGGCCGGAGAUGGAUGGAAACACCCAUAUCAAGUGUUCGAAGCCCUGGAGGGUUUCAAACGGGCCGCUUCCACUCAUAAUUGGAAGCUUCCUCCCGGUCUCGAGAGGCUUGUUAGUUAA